AUGGCUUCCUACCACAGGGUUCUCAGUACGUUUGACAGAUCAGUCAAUCUCAAGAGCGUCGAAUGCGACUAUGAUAUUCACCCGUGGGACAUACUCAUCAACGGCUCGCGAUGGGAUGGAAAGAUCCGACUGGUAGGCUUCGUUGAUGUCUUUUUCUUGAUCUGCUACUCUGGAGAGUCGCGCUUUGAGAAGGGCAUCAUUAUAUAUAAGGAUGAUGUCUUCAUUCGCAAUAUACUGCAAGACGCCAAUGUCACAGCUGCUGAGCUGGGCCUUGAGGUCGUCAAUGAGAGCGAGAUUAAAACGGCCAAUGAUAAAGGUCGAGAACCGGUUCUCGAAAGGCAUUUCAAGUUUGAGAGUAUACGCGGUGGUCUUGAUUAUACCGUCACCAGUCUCGGCCAUGAAAUCGGCGUCAAGACGCGAUACGACAAGACAGAUUUGAGAAAGUAUGAGAUCAAAAUUCGAAAGGGAAGGGAUUUCACCAUGAAAAAACGCAUCCGUCGGGGGGUGACCCAACAUGACUUGUUUGAUUUGAUGCACGACGCAAUUCGCCUGGGAAUUAUCACCCAUGCUGAGCUCAUUGGUCACAUCGUUGGCAAGACAAUUGGUGGCACGACUGUGGAGGAUAUGGGCUCCAAAUACUUUGAGGCUAUCACGGGAGCUAAGAGCUCGCAGAAUUUGGCAUUGGCUGCUGACAGAUAA